AUGUCAGAUUAUCCUAUAUCAUCACAUUUUAUUUAUACUAUUGCUAAAUUUCUUGUUAUAUUAUCACAUGAUACACUUAAUUCAAAACAACUAAAAAAUUUCGAACAAUGUUUAAGUGAAUAUUUUAAAUUACUAUCAUUAUUUUAUAUACGAUUAUUAUUAUUACAAAAGACACAUAUUCUGAAUAUACUUGAUUAUACACAUAAGAAGCAUGAUGGUCAUCAAUAUAAACACUAUCAUAAUGAAUUAUAUGUUGAAUAUUUAACAUCAAUAAUAACAUAA